CUUUGAUAAUUCGAACUCUGAAAAUGUUCCUGUAACGUCUAUGGAUCCAUCUAUCUGUUCUAACUUUGGAAAUCCAUCGAUUUUUUUGAGAGAUGCACUAUUAGAAAUUACGAAAGAAGGGCAACCAUUUGAAGUUUUGGAGUGUGAGGAAGGUGAUAUCAUGAGGUUAUUGGAUAUCGUUGAAAGAGCGG